AUGAUGGGGUUUAAGAAAAUAUUCAAGGUUGAAAACCAAAACUCAGAGUAUAAGUUUUCCAGAAAUGAUAUAAAGUCUAGUCAACUAGGGAAAGGGAUUACCGGAUCAGUUGACUUGUAUCAAUCUAAAACACUACCACAUUUCCAAUAUGCUGUGAAAACAUACCAUACUAAAGAUAUUCACGAAUCCAAAAAGGAUUACAAAACCCGAGUGUUGUAUGAAUAUCUAAUACUAUCGAAACUAUCACACUGCAACAUUAUUAAAAUUUAUGACUAUGAUGUAUCGUUCUCUGGAUCAACGAUAAAACUAUUCUUAGAAUUGGGUACUGCCAAUCUAAACCAAUUGAUAAUCAAACAAACAAACACCUUCAACAUAAACGAAAUGUUGUGUAUCUGGAAACAAAUCACCAACGCUGUCAAUUACUUGCAUGAAUUGGAUAUAUGUCAUCGAGAUCUCAAAUUAGAAAAUGUGGUAUUUGAUGUUAAUUAUAAGUUGAUCAAAGUGAUUGAUUUUGCAACUGCUCAAAAACUCAAUAACAACGAAUUAUCCCGUGGCUUGGUAGGAUCUGAGAGUUAUACUGCUCCUGAAACAUACUCAUCAAUACAGUAUGAUGGAAAAUCAAGUGAUGUAUGGUCUUUGGGUAUAAUUUUGUGUUAUCUAAUUAACAAGAAACAACCAUGGAAACUGGCAAUGUGGAGUAACUCUGACUAUCAGCAAUUUAUUAAUCAAGAUAAUUUUCUGCAAGAACCAUAUUUUGUUGAUUUUCCAGUUGAAUCGUUGUUAUUGACGAGUCAAAUCCUCGAACAAGAUCCGUUGAGACGAAUUAAAAUUAAUGACUUCUUUAGUGAUAAAUGGUUUAGUCUUAUUCAGUAUUGUGGUUGUGGUGUUGCUGGUGGUGGUAUUUACAACAAAACUUGUGGGAUUGAUCAUGGGAAAUCUUUCAGAGUCAAAACUUAG